AUGGAAAUUAGUAAUUACCCUUUGGUUAAUGAGACUACAGACCAUAAGGAGGAGCCCAGCAACAAGGAAGACGUACUAGGCUUUGGGCUUUGUUGGGCUUUGUUGUAUGAUAACCAGACUAAGAAGCUGGCAAGGCAGUUAGUAGUUAGUCACGCAAUGGCAAGAGCGAGUUGUAAAAUGGAUAAAGAGAAGGGGGAGAGUAGUGAGGGUGAUAAUGUUGGAACUAAUGUUGGCACAAAGAAGAAAAUGUCUCAAGAUAGAGCUGAAGCAUUAAAGAAGUGUUUGGAGGAAAGCAAAGGGGACCAUAACAAAUGCAAGUCCAAGAUUGAUGCUUUCCAAUCUUCUUCUGCUUCAAGAAAACGACCCUUGCUACCUUUAAAACUCAAGAGUGGUUCAUUGACUGAUGUGUGA